UAUGCGUCUGCCGUCGCGGCCGCACAGCCCGUCGCCACGUAUGCCAACAUUGCCGGAUAUGGACGUGAAUAUGGAGAUCCAUAUUUAGGACACAGCUUAGGACCCGUCACCGGUUAUGGCGCCACCGUAUACAGGGGUGGAUACAGUCGGUUCGCCCCCUAUUGA